AUGGGGAAACAGAGCAAUACAUGGAACAUUACGAGGAUGGUUAUAACGAAACAUGGCCCCAUUAUGACUAGUCAAGCUCAGAUUAUGCUGAUGAACCUGAUAAAGAUGAACGUGAACCAGAGCCACCAGACCCUUCAUGACAAUGACUCACAAAUUGGAGAGAAUAGUUGUCAAAACGAUCAUGAGGAUCAGGAACAUGGAAACCACUCAUGGAUUGGAGAAACUAAAUCUCAAUUCAGCCAUGAAGAUGACCCAUGGCAUGAUAACAAGCCAAACUCCCAUGAAGACGAGUCAUGGCUAGAAGAGAAUGAGUCUCAGUUCAGUCUUGAAGAAGAAGGCUAUGGACGUGAACCAGAGUAUGAAGAUUUCCCUCACAAAGGAGAGUUCACUCAUGAACAAGAGUCACACGCCAAACACCAGCCAUGGCAAGAGGAAUCCGAUGCUAACCAAGAUAACUUUGGUCAUAGCCAAGGACCGGAAGCAUACUUAAGUUGGGAAAGAGACGUGGAAAUUUGGUUUCAGUCCAACCGAAUUCUAGAGGAAGAAAAGACAUCUUAUGCUGAAGAUACUCUAACGGAAGAUGCAUAUAGGCAUUGGGAUAGAGAAGACACUAUGAGGCUUGAAUUCGAUGAACCAACCUAUUCUUGGGAAGACAUGAAGCAGCUCAUGUAUGAUGAGUUUGUGAAGGGUGUUGCAGCUGGCCGACAAUGUUAUGUUAAGAUUUACAGAAAUCCGGAGCCAAGACUAGCAACAAAUCCAAAAGCUAAACCAAAGAAUCCUUCAUGUUUUGAGCCAAGGGAAUUUAAAAAUACUUUUGAGGAGAAAACAGAGGAGCAUGAAGUUACACCAACCCAAGUAAUAGAUCACAAGGAAACUCCAACUGUCGUGAUGACUAAGGUUACUAAAGCGGAACAAGCUAAGAUUCGAGAAGAGUUCAACAUGGAGAUCAAAAAUGAAAUAGGAUAUUUCACAAAGAAGACAGCCAUGACGCCUAAGAAAUCAUAG